AAAGGCUGAACUCUUAAGCUAGGUUUUCCUCUCUCAUUUUUUUCACUCUCGAGCGCCGCUUCUUCACUCCGCACUCUCCACCGCCGUCUGCCGCUUCUCAUUUUUUCACCCACCCUUGCGAUUUGCGGCCUUGUUUCUUCUUCUUCUUUCAUCUCCGCCAUAUUCUCUCGGUCAGAUCGGCCUUGGGGAAGUGUUGUUCUUCUCAUUUCUUUGUCAGAUCGCCUUCGUGAAGUGUUGUUCUUCUCAUUUCUUCGUCAGAUCGGCCUUUGUGAAGUGUUGUUCUUCUCAUUCCUUCGUCAGAUCGGCCUUUGUGAAGUGUUGUUCUUCUCAUUCCGUCGUCAAAUUCGGCCUUAGGGAAGUCAGAUUCGGCAUCUCGGUUUCAGAUUAAUUUAACAUAAUGGAAAUUGAUCUUGAGUCCAUUGAGUCUCAUAGUGUGGACGUUGAUGUUGAAGAGGUUGAUGGAUCGAGUUUUAAUAUCGAAACUCAAGGUGAGCAACUCCCAAAAAGAAAGAGGAAGCUGACCUCAGAGGCUUGGAGCCACUUUGUUCAUCUACCUUUGGGUCCGGACAAAAAAUUGAAGGCCAAGUGCAAACAUUGCCACUCUGUGUAUCUUGCGGACAACAAGUAUGGAAUUGGUAAUUUGAAACGCCACCUUGUGACUUGUCUGAAAACCUCCUUCCGUGAUAAAGGGCAGAUGCUCCUUGCCCAAGAAACUGGUGCAGUGACACUUGGUGGAGGUAAAUAUAAUCCUGAAAAAUUUCGUGAGUUGGUUGUAUCCGCUAUAAUCCUGCAUGAUCUGCCUUUUAGUUUUGUUGAAUAUGCGGGAAUAAGGUCUCUAUUUCAGUACUUGCACCCUCAAAUUCAAUUGGUCUCUAGGAAUACUAUAAAGGCUGAUGCUUUAAAGUUGUACAAAAAGGAAAUGUCACGAAUUAAAUGCUUGUUAGAGGCUACUCCUGGUAGAAUUAGCUUUACUUCUGAUGCAUGGAGUUCUUUGACUAGUGAUGAUUAUAUUUGUCUCACUGCGCAUUUCAUAGAUAAGAAUUGGAACUUGCAGAAAAGAGUGUUAAACUUUAGUUUUAUGCCACCCCCACAUAGUGGUGUUGCCUUAUCAGAAAAACUUUAUGGUUUUUUGAGUGACUGGGGAAUUGAGAACAAGGUGUUUAGUGUGACAUUAGAUAAUGCUUCAGCAAAUGCUAUUUCUGUUGACAUGUUAAGAGAGCAACUAGUUGUGAAAGGGGUUCUUGUACACAAUGGCGAUCUAUUUCACAUGCGAUGUUGUGCACACAUACUAAAUUUAGUUGUACAAGAGGUUUUGAAGCAGAUUGAUGAUUCUAUUAUUAAAAUUCGUGAUAGCGUCAAAUAUGUCAAGGGAUCCCAAGUGAGGAAGCAAAAGUUUUUAGAUUGUGUGAAGUUAAUUGCAAUUGGUGAUAAGAAAGGCUUGUGUCAAGAUGUACCAACUAGGUGGAACUCGACUUAUCUCAUGCUUGAAAGUGCUCUUUAUUAUCGCCAUGUAUUUCAACAUUUAGAGUUGAGUGAUUCAAACUACAGGCAUUGUCCUUCUAGUGCCGAGUGGGACAAAAUUGAAAAGAUCAAAACUUUUUUGAAGUUGUUCUAUGAUGCAACUCUUAAAUUUUCUGGAACAAAGUAUCCCACUGCCAAUUUGUACUUCCCUUCCAUUUGGUAUUGUUGCUUCAUGUUGAAACAAUAUAGCGAAGGUGAUGAUGAGUACUUAAAGUAUAUAGCAACUCAAAUGUGGGGCAAGUUUCAAAAGUAUUGGUCUGAGUUCCAUCCUACCUUGGCUAUAGCAUGUGUUCUAGAUCCUCGUUUUAAGCUUGGGCUUGUUGAGUUCAGUUACAAAAAGCUGUAUGGAGAUGAUUGUCUUGAAUGCAUAUCAUUAAGGAGUAAGUUGUUCUCCAUUUUUGAAGAGUACAACAAAAAAACUAAUGCUACAACUAGCCAAAAGACCAAUUUUGUUGAAUCUUCUAUGAAGGAAAAAGAAGGAAAUGACGAUGUGGAUGCUAUAUUCAAGGAAUUUGAUGAGAUUGCUGCUGCUUCACAUAGAUCAGAGCUUGAGGUUUAUUUGGAUGAGCCAAGACUGGCUAGGAACACGGAGCUUGAUAUCCUUUCUUUUUGGAAAUCAAACCAAUUUCGAUAUCCAACACUAGCUUCUAUGGCUUGUGAUAUAUUGGCUGUUCCUAUCUCAACAGUUGCUUCUGAAGCUUCAUUUAGUAUUGGUGGUAGAGUUCUUGAUCCAUUCCGUAGCUCACUUAAACCAAAGACAGUUGAAGCACUUAUUUGUACUAGAGAUUGGUUAUAUGGUGACAAAGGUGAAGUUGAUGAUACUUCAGCUUUGUCCAAAGCGAUCAUUGAUUCUCAAGGUCUCUCUGUUCAUGACACUCUUGAUAAGUGAAAUGAGUUGACCCAAGAAGAGAUCUUGUUGACCAUCCGUCGUGUUCGGAACUUACGGAUGAAGAAGGCAUUGCAGCUCUCAGAGUGGCUGGAAGCAAGCGAUCAAUUUGAAUUUAACGCAAGAAAUUAUGCUUCUCAUGUAGAUUUGAUUGCUAAGGUAUAUGGCCUCAAAAAGGUAGAUUGCAUUGAAAGGAUUCCAGAUUCCUACCGAGUGGAGCUAAUUUACCGAACCCUUUUGGCCAACUGUGUCCUUGCCAACAAUGUGAAGAAAGCCGAGGAAGUCUUCAAGAGGAUGAAGGAUCUUGGAUUGCCAAUCACGCCGUUUUCUUACAAUCAAUUGCUCAUUCUUUAUAAGAGGCAUGAUAAGAAGAAAUUUGCAGCUCUACCAUUAUCAAUGGAGAAAGAAGAUGUCAAACCUUCCCUUGUCACUUAUAAACUCUCAAUAGCUAAAGCAGGUGACAUAACAAGAAUAGAACAAAUCUUGGAGAAGAUGAAGGCUGAAGGUAUUGAGCCAGACGCGCAUACAAGAUUCAUAUUGGCGAGUCGCUACGCCUCUCGUGGGAUUAAAGGCAAAGCUGAAGCUAUUUUAAAGGAGAUGAAGGGUAGCAACUUAAAGGAGAAUCGUGAGGUUUGCCGAAGUUUAAUUUUACUUUAUGCAGAGCUUGGAGAUGCUGAUCAAGUGGAGCGAGUUUGGAAGGCCUGUGAUGCUGAUCCCCAUUUUUAUGAAUGCAUGGCUGCAAUUGAAGCUUGGGGGAAGCUGAAGAAAGUUGAAGAAGCGGAGGCAGUGUUUGAUAGGAUGUUGACAAUAUGGAAGCAACAUUCUUCAAAACAGUAUAAUGCACUACUGAAGGUUUAUGCAAACUGCAAGUUGUUGACAAAGGCUGAGGAUCUAGUCAAACGCAUGUCAGAUAGCGGAUACAGGGUUGGCCCACUGGCUUGGAAUGCGCUCGUGAAGCUUGUGGAAGCAGGAGAGGUAGAAAAGGCUGACUUAGUCUUGACGAAAUUUAGUCAACAGAGCCCUAUGAAGCCUUUGCCUUGUACCUAUAAGGCUCUUUUGGAUCAGUAUGCAAAGAGGGGAGAUGUUCAUAACUCGGAGAAAAUAGUUUACAGGAUGAGACAGGAUGGUUAUAGGGUUCGGUUUCUUCAUUUCCACGAUUUAAUUCAAGCCUAUGUAAAUGCCAAGAGGCCUGCUUAUGGAAUCAGGGAGAGAAUGAAGGCAGACAACAUCAUCCCAGGCAAUCUUCUGUUGGGACUGGUGCAACAGGUUGAUCCAUUUAGGAUGACAGAAGCAUCUUAUUUGCGUGAUUGAGGAAUUUUAUGGCUCGCCUUGCUAUGAUUGGGCUACUUACAGUGUCUGAAGAUUUCUGGGUGCUAUAUAUUCUAACAUGACCGGGAAAAUAUAAUGUAUUUCUCUUUGUUAAAACAACUAAGCUUAAGAAAUGGAUAAGGAAGUUCAUUUGUGAUGCCAUUGCUUUUU